GUAUUGCCGGUCGAAACAACUCAGCUGACUCCUUGUUUCUCGAGAUUUCUGGGUCGUCCGCGCUGUCUCUAUGUAUUCGGCGGCGUGAUCGGCUGUAAUGCCGGUGUUGAACUGAGUGGGUUCCUUGGCACCAAGAUUCACGGACUGAGCACUGAUGUUCAAUGCGAGACUCUCAGUCAGCACAGAUCCAUCACAAUGACACAGUCCCUGACAUAGCGUCAUACCAUGGCACAAUGUCUCUAUAUUAGGGGGUAAUUCCCUUGGGAGGAUUAGAGAGGACAAUUUUCUGUUCCAACAAGAAAGGGACAUUCAAAGGCACCCUAACCCACUAUCUUGAUCCUUCAUUUUGUGUGGUCACUCUGGAAUCGUGACUCCAAUUCAAGCUUCGUUUCAUAC